AAAGUUCUGGAAUUUUGCAGUUGUAUUUUUAAGGCUGUGUGCAAAUGUUCCCGACAAUGUUUCCACCACGCUACUUUUUUUCUAUUCUGUAUGACGCGCGUUUGAGUCUCACUUGUGUUUACUUCCUAUUUUGAGCUGUUUUGUGUGAAUUUUUUUUUUUUUUUUCACAAUCAAAAUUCUCACAUUUCGUUGUAAAAAUGUAUCGUCGAUCAUCAAGUCGUGUACCAUCAUUAUCAUCAUUAUCAUCAAACAACAAAUCGAAAUCUACUAAUGGCGUUGGCGGUGGUGGUGGUAAUAUUAAUACAUCAUCAAAAUCAAAUCGUAAUAAUUGUAAUGAAAAAUUUACAAUGGAAAAAAUUUGCAUGGGAAUCGAUAUGAAAUUAGACCAGAUCGAUAUGAUUGCUUUUGAUACAAAUGAUUUGGCUAAAUUAAUGGAUCUAAAAUUUGAACUUCAAAUUCAAAAAAGUGAACAGGAAAAACUUGCACGAAUGAUUACUAAAAAAACCAAUAUAGAAAGAUCAUUAUUUGAAUAUGUACGAAAUUUGGCUAAAAAAAUUAAAGAAUAUGAAAUAAAAAUUGAUAGAAAAUGUGCUAAUUUAAAUCUAAACGGUAGUGCCACCACUCAGACAAAAUUGAAUGCACCACAACCUUCGAAUGAUGAUGUUUCAUCAUCGGAAAUGGCGAAAAAUAUCUAUCCAUUGGUGAAUGAUGAAAAUUUGGCCAAUAAUUUUUCACGAGAGUCAUUGUUAUCAUCACCACCAUCACCUUCAUCAUCAUCAUCACCACCACCACCACCUUCAUCAUCAUCACCACCACCACCGCCAAGAACUGGAUCGUUUUUGUCACAAAAAUCUGAACAAACAGAAUAUUCUGAAAAUGAUAAUCAUCAUCAUCAUCAUAAUUAUGUUGAUUCACGUCCUUAUCGACGCAUAAAUAUUCUUUUUACUGAUCAAAAAAAAUCUGUCCCCAUUGAAUCAUCAAAUCCAAACAAAUUGACAAGUGCAUUGGAUAUAUUGAAAAAGACAAAAAAUCACAAACUAUCAAUGGUUUUUGAUGAUCCCAUUACUAAUGACGGCAUUGAACAUGGUAAUGAUGUUCGUUUGGCUUAUGGUGGUGAUUUUAUUUUCGAUGAUGAUCCAGAUCCAACUAUUGUGCCACAACCAGUAGCUAAUCUAGAAAAAGAUUGGAAACAAAAUAUGAAAAAUUUUCUAAUGCAAUAUCAUGAUUAUCCAACACAUCGAUUGAUUAGAAAAUUUAAUCAAUCACGUGCACCAUUUUUGAAGCAAUUAUCAUUAAAUGAUCGAAUUGAAAUAUUCAAUUCAAUGUUGAAUGAAUUGGUGGAAAAUUAUCAUGAUGAACAUGAUAAAUUGAUUGUACCGUUUAUAAGAAUGGCUGAAGAAAUUUUUAUCCCAUCACACAAAUUAUAUAUAAUGGAAUGGGCUAAUGAAAAAAUUAAAAAUGGCCUUUAUCAUGAUAUAAUUAAUUAUUAUCAAGAAUUACAACAUCAGAUCGAUAAUUGUGAAGAUGAAACAUUGAAAUCAUUAUGGAUAAAUGAAUUGGAAUCGAAAAAAAUGAUUUCAUUAAAACGUUUUCGUGGCACAUUGAUUCUGAUUGGCACUGCCUACAAUAAAUGUAUUUACAAUACAAAAAUCAAAAUUAUCGAUAUCGCUUUACAUUUGUUUGGCCAAUCAAAAUUUCGUCAACUUCAUCUGGAAUUAUUCACUGAUUUCAUUUUGAUGGUUGGACAGAAAUUAUUAUCGAAUUAUCAUUUAUCAUCAUCAUCAUCAACAACAAAUAAUCCGUGUACAUUGGAUCAAUUGAAUGAAAUAUGGAUGAAAUUUAAAUCAUCUAAUGAUGAUUGGCCAGAUUAUCUGGAAGAUAGAAGAAAAUUGGCUAUCAAUUUAUUUGAAAAUCAUUUGCAAUUGUAUCGUUGCAAUGAUAAUUUUAAAAAUGGCCGUUCUUAUUAUUAAUUUCACAAUAUCCAUCCUAUAUCCAUAAAUAUGUCAUAAACAUACAUCACAUACUGAAAUUUUCACACCUGUUCACAUAAAAAAGUUUCCUUUUUUUCCUUUAAUUUUUCAUUUAAAAUUUUCCUUUAUUUUGAUUAUUAAUGAUAAUAACUUUUUUUUUCCUCACACCACCACCCCCCCGUUAAGGUGUUUACGUUUUUCGAAUAUAGUGACUAUAAUAGAAUAUAAAUAAAAUAAAAGUUUACAUAAUAUGGUAA